AUUUGUUCUGUUCAGUUUUCAAAAUGGACUGAAGAAGUAUGAUAAGAUAUUGUCAGUUGUUUACUUGACGUUAUUUACUUACAAAAGUGAUCCAAUAUGGGGGAUGAUUCAGAAUGGAUGAAACUGCCCACAGAGGAAAAGUGCACACACAAGGUAUGGAAGGCCCGUGUAGCAGGUUAUGAAGAAUCUGGCAAACUAUUCCAGCGUAUUGAUGAUGAAAAGAGUCCUGAAUUCAACAAGUAUGCUGGUUUGAUGAAGAAGUUUGUGACUGACAGCAAUGCUGUGGCUCAAGAGAAAGCUCUGGAUGCGGUUCUCCAUUUUGUGGAGAAUGCGCAUGUUGCUGCAAGGACAACAGCAGAUGUAGUGAGUGGUGUGAUUACAAAAUGCCUGAAUGCCAGCAAGACAAAGACGAAAGAAAAAGGCAUGGAGAUCAUCAUGAUGUACAUCGAGAUAGAGAAACCAGAUGUUGUUCAGGAACAACUUCUUGCAGGUCUAGAAAACAAACAACCAAUAGUUGUUGGUUGCAUUCAAGCUUUAACAAUUGCCCUCAGAGACUUUGGUUCGAAGACGAUACAGAUCAAGCCUUGUCUGAAGGUGCUACCCAAGUUGUUGGAGGACCGUGACAAGAAUGUUCGUGAGGAGACAAAGCAGUUCAUCAUUGAGUUGUACAGAUGGAUCGGGGCAGCCCUGAAGCCACAGAUGUCCCAUUUCAAGCCUGUACAGGUACAAGAGCUGGAGGCUGAGUUUGAGAGGCUUCCAAAUGAGCGGCCCAUUCAGACCCGUUUCAUGAAGUCACAGCAAGACCUGAAAGCCAAAAUAGAGGAACAGCAGGCUGCUGCAUCUUCGGGGGGAGGGGAUGGAGGUGCUGAAACAGAAGAGAUCGAUCCAUUUGACCUUAUUGAGGCGGUAGAUAUACUCGCAAAACUCCCCAAGGAUUUCUUUGAUCAAAUAGAGGCCAAGAAGUGGCAGGAGAGGAAGGAGGCUCUAGAUGCCCUCCAGAAACUGACAGAAUCGCCCAAGAUAGAUAAUGGGGACUUCGGUAAUCUUGUCCGAGCAAUCUUGAAGGUUAUAUCCAAGGACACCAAUGUAAUGCUGGUUGCACUGGCCGGGAAGUGUCUUGCCGGUAUAGCCAAAGGCCUGAGGAAGAAGUUCCAGCCGUAUGCUCAUCAGUGUGUGUCAGCAAUCAUUGAGAAGUUCAAAGAGAAGAAAGCAGCAGUGGUGGCUUCCCUCCGCGAGGCUAUUGAUGCUUCCUUUCUAGGGACAUCACUGGAUCAAAUAAUGGAGGACUGUGUGGCAGCCCUGGAAAACAAGAACCCUUCAAUACGAACAGAGACAGCUCUGUUCCUUUCAAGAUGUUUUGCAAGGAGUACAGUUUCCACCCUACCGAAGAAACUAUUGAAAGGCUACUGUACUAGUCUCUUGAAGACUGUAAAUGACACAACUCCCGACGUGAGGGAAGCCUCCUUCCUGGCCCUGGGAACAGCCAUGAAGGUGGUCUCAGAGAAGAACAUUGCACCGUUCCUCAAUGAUGUCGACUCCCUUAAGAUGCAGAAGAUCCAAGAGUGCUGUCAGACUGCUGUGCUACUUAAUGCCCGGGGGGAGCCAAGGCAGGGUGGGGCAGCGCACCUGCCGCUCCUCCCCCCAAGAAGAAUGAGCCAAAACCUGUUACCCGACCUCCUGCCAAACCAACAGCACGAUCCAAGCCUGCUGCCAAAGGAGGUCCAAAGAAGAAGGCGGGUGGUGACAAAGGCAAGGGAAAGAAGGGUGGGUCUGCCAAGGAGGAACCAACAGAAACUAUCCUUGCAGUGUCCCCUGCCCUUCACAAAUGUGAUUAAAGUUGCAUCAUUCAUCACAGACCUGCCUAGCGUUAAGGGUAUGAGCAAGGAAGAGAUACAGACACAAGUGUUUGUAAGAACCCUCACCAAGAAACCUGGUCUGAAGGACACCAACUUCCAGGUUUUGAAACUGAAACUGGAGCUCAUCGGCUACUUGGGACAGAAUUCUGUAUUCACAAAGACAUCGGCGGAGUUCUGCCUGUCAGACAUUGUAGACAAGGUUGGGGAUGUGAAGAACGGCAGUAUUGCACAGGAAGCUCUGAGUUGUAUAGUAGAGGCCACGUCACUGGAGUUUGUCAGUAGCGAGGUUAUUAAGUGUGCAUUUGAACAGAAGAACCCAAAGAACCAAUCAGAAUCCAUGGUCUGGCUGACGCAGGCAGUCCGAGACUUCGGUUUCAAAGUGAACAUUAAGCCAAUGAUUGAGAAUAUCAAGAAGGCACUGGCGGCUACCAAUCCAGCGGUGAGGGGGGCAGCUAUUGGCUUGCUGGGUACAGUCCACUUAUACAUGGGGCCACAGCUCAGGAUGUUCUUUGAGGAUGAAAAGGCUGCCCUGCUACAGCAGAUUGAUGCCGAGUUUGAGAAGAAUAAGGACCAGAAGCCCCCUGUGCCAACACGAGGAGUUGUUGCUGUGGAGGAAGAGGAGGAUGAAGAGAAUGGUGCUGAUGGUGGUGGUGGCGCUGCAGAAGAAGUCAACGUGCAGGACCUCAUCCCCAGGAAUGACAUCUCUGAGAAGAUCACAGAGGAACUCCUGGCAGAGAUGGCAGACAAGAACUGGAAGGUUCGAGCUGAGGCUCUACAGAAGGUCGUUGCCAUAUUGAAUGAGGCCAAGUUCAUCACCUCCACCAUUGGCGAACUGGCCGCUGCACUGAAGACGAGACUUACUGAUGCAAACAAGAUUUUGGUGAAUAACACUAUUGGGAUCUGCCUGACCUUGGCAACAGCAAUGGGCCCUCACUGCAAGCAUCACAUCAAGAUCAUUGGACCCGGCCUCAUCAGUUGUAUGGCUGAUGGAAAGCCUCAGGUCCGGGCAGCUACAGUGAACGCCCUGAACGCAUGGGUGGAACAGUGCACCCUGACUCCCCUGGUGGAAAGUGAGGCCAUCUUUGAUGGACUGAAGACAGAAAACCCCAACCUCAGAACAGAGCUGUUGAAUUGGCUGGUUGAGAAGCUUCCCACUCACAGAAUCCUGCCCACAGAGCUGAAAAUGUGUGUGCCUGUUAUCCUUGCCUGUCUAGAAGACAGGAAUGCCGAUGUCCGCAAAAAAGCACAGGAAUCUCUAGUCCCCUUCAUGAUUCAUACAGGAUAUGACUCAUUCUUUAAAGCUACCUCAAAGCUGAAGCCUGCAUCCAAGGAUCAGAUCGUGAAGAUCAUUGAGGCUGCCCGGGGGAAUCUCCCUGCUAAGGCACCUAAAGGCAAGAAGGCAAGUGCCCCUGCAUCAGCCCCGCCCCCCUCAGCGUCGUCACGGUUUGACGAACCAGAAGAGCCCCCUAAACCAGCAAAGGCUGAGCCCAAGUCGAAAGCGGUGAAGGGCAAGGGAGCCAAGGCACCUGCCACUUCAUCAAAGAAGAAGGAAGAAGAGGACACCGGUCCUCCCAUUACUCUCACAAUCCCCAAGGAGCAGAGAUUCAAGGAUGAGAAAAACAUGAAGGUGCUGAAGUGGAACUUCCUGGAGGUGCGUGGGGAGUACGUAGAACAGCUGCGAACACAAAUGGAGAAGAACUUCAGCAAGAGCACCAUGGACCAGCUGUUCCAUAACGACUUCAAGUUCCACAUCAAGGCCAUCCAGUUGUUCAUCAAGCACAUCUAAGGCAAAACAGAGGAGAUAGUUGGCAACCUGGACCUAGUCCUUAAGUGGAUUACCCUCCGUUUCUAUGACACCAACCCCAGUAUGCUGAACAAGGCCCUGGAGUUCCUUGAGAAGUUGUUCUCCAUGCUGGCAGUCGACUACCACCUGGCUGACAUCGAGGCCAUGUCUUUCAUACCUUAUCUUGUAUCACAGGUUGGUGAAUCUAAAGACAAUGUACGUCGAGAAGUGAGAAAGAUCUUCAAGCUCAUCUGCAAGGUGUACCCGGCCAGCAAGAUGUUCUCACAUCUUAUUGAAGGUCUCAAGUCAAAGAACUCAAAACAGAGAGCAGAGUGUCUGGAGGAGCUCGGCAGCCUUAUUGAGUCGUACGGCAUCACCAUAUGUCAGCCAUCUCCUGCACACGCCCUCAAGAUCAUCGCUGGGCAGAUCAGUGAUCGGGACACAUCUGUGAGGAACGCAGCCCUAAACACGGUUGUGACGGCACACACCAUCCUGGGUGAAGGGAUCUACAAGUACAUAGGGCAUUUGGCAGAGAAGGAUCAAAGUCUCCUGGAAGAGAGAAUCAAGAGGUCAGCAAAGACCAAACCACCCCCCAAACAGGAAGAAAGGCCGAAGACAGCACCACUGUCACAGAAAACUAUGUCCCAACCAAAUAUUCCUCGUGCCCAGUCAGCAAUGCAGAAAUCGUCGUCCUCAAAUUCCGUGAAGCGCGAGUUUGCACUGGACAUCGACACCGAACCAACCAAUUCCUAUGACAUGCCACAGCUGAUUCAGCAUGAUCUAGAUGACAUCUACGAGCCAGUGAAACUACCCAAGAUUAACUUGGCAAGGUGUUUUAUUUACCUAAUUAAUUUCCAGGUUGACGAAGUGUUGAAGGACGAGGAGAGGGCAGAGAUCAUGGCUGGUCACGUGGACCAGCUGCUGUUGACGCUGUCUAUGCAGUUCAAGAUGGUGUACUCCACCCACAUGGGGGAUGAGGACACUCCGAAGGACGAUGUGGUCAGACUUUACCGAUGUCUGCUGGGAACACUACUAGCAAUCCUCCAGACCCAGCGCCUGGCUAAGAAGGCUGGCAAGGACAUCCUGAAGGAUGUGGUCAACUCACUGAUCACCAUCCUGCUUGACAGUCGGUUGAUGGAGCUGGAGGAGGGUCCCCAGGUUGUCCGCUCCGUCAAUGUCACCGUCGUCAAGAUCGUCGAGAAGACUGACCACACCAGUAUCACAGGUGCCCUGAUUCGGCUCCUACAGGACUGUGUGGCCAGUGAGACCUGCACCAGCAAGUUCCUUGACCUCAUCAUGAAGUGUUUGUGGAAGAUGAUCCGGAUGUUGCCGGACAUCAUCAACGACCUGAAUGUGGACCGCAUCCUCAUGGACUGCCAUCUCUUCCUGCGUGCGUUUCCCUCCAGUUCCUGGAAGGACAAGGGGAGUGAUCUCCCCUUGAGGACCAUCAAAACCAUUUUACAUUCCCUUGCUAGACUCAAAGGUCAUAAGAUUCUGUACCACACUGGCAUGAUUGAGAGUUCAGAGAACUCCGAGGUUGAGGCAUACCUCCAGAAGGUUCUCAAGAAUGAUGUUGCUGCAACAAAUGCCAAAAAUGAUGAGCUGAAUGACAACAGAGAGAAGACACCAAAGAGUUCAUCAAAAACAAAAAGAUUUUCCAAAACAACACAUGACAUGUUGGCUGAGAUUUUCAAGAAAAUUGGUGCCAAGGAAAACACAAAAGAGGGCUUGAACGACCUGUAUGACUUCAAGAGGAAAUACCCCGAUGCUGACCUGGAACCCUUCCUCAAGAAGUCCUCCCAGUUCUUCCAGAAUUACAUCGAGCGAGGUCUGCGAGGAAUAGAGGAGGAGAGGAUGGGAACAUCAGGUGAAUCUGGCAACAUUCCUGUCAUGUCGUCGACAUCGUCAUCAAUGUCAUCAUCUGGUCAAAGUGGUGGAUCUGGCGAGGAGAAGGAGGAUCCCAACUAUUUCCGUGAGAGGCUGAAGAUGCUCAGAGUCAAGUGUGGUCUUGACCACAACAAGGAGGCUGGAGAUCCCGAUCCCAGCAACGCUGACGACAUUGACGUCCUAGGUAGCACUGAGAAUUUGGACGAAGCUACAUCCCUCGAUGAUGACAGACAACAAGAGAACAUCGACCCUGAACCUCCCCAGCCCACCAACCCUGCCGUCUCUGUGGAUGUGUCUGAUCUCAAAAUGAGGCUUGAAAGAAUAAAAAAGCUGGCGAACAAAAGCUGAGAUCCUUCAAGAAAAUCCCAGGAAUGUGCAUGUUAGACAAAAUAUGGAGGACUGGCUACAACACUGAGGACUUCCUGACCACAGCUAGAGCAAUGUGUCGUCUACUGGUGGGACUCUCUGCUUUAUUUAUGUGCCUGCUUUGUUGUAGUCUCACCAGAGAUCGGACUCACCAACUUUGUGAUAAACAGUCAACCUUGCCCAACAUCGUCAGUGUGGCCCAGUCUGUGUGUUAACCGAAUCAACUGUCUACAAUCUGUAUAUUUACAAUAACCGUAUUUAUGAUUCAAUAUCACUAUGUCAUAGUGGUUGUAAAUCCAUUGUGAACCUAACAAUCACUUUGGUACACUGAAAUUCUUGAAAACCUAAUGGCUAAUCUGCUUUUCAAGAAGGUUGCUUGUACUGGUAUACAAAAUCCAGAUGUCAAAGGUUUUCUGAAUGCUUUGCUGAACUUACUUGGUGUGAAUACGUGAAUAGGAAGCUGAUCUGACUGAAUGCAGUAUGAAGUGCUAUUGUUGUUAUUUUGUUGUUAAAUGCAGCUUCCAGUGCGGGUGGUGAUGUUGUCACAUCAUCUGCUUUCAUCAUUUUCAUCACCACAUUUGGCUGACGAAGACAAGCAUAUAUUGCUGUCCACGAUGUGGACUGUUCAGAUCUCGCACACUUAGGGGGAAGAGUAUUAACAGAAUCUGUACGGUGAUAUUUGAUAAGGGUCUGACAGUCAGUACUAGUCGAAAGUUGCGUAAACCCAGAAUGGAGUUAUUUUCAUAAAUCUGCUGUAUGAAAUGAGCAGUGGACAAGUUAGAUAUGACCAACACUGCUGUUCAAAUGGAUAUUGAAGUCAGUGGCUAAUACUUACCGGUAACCAAGGAUAUAAUGAAGUGCCAGCUGUUCAACUUAGGUAAUAUACACAGAAGUAUUGUCGAAAAUGAUCUUAGUGAAAAUAGUAUACUUCACUCGUGAAUGAACACAUCAAACCCAAACUCCAAAUGCAUGUGUGUGUUCAGUAAUGGCAGGCACUGGAGGUGUACUUGUUUCACAAGUGAGGUUCAAGGCCCAGUGCUUCCAGCGUGAUACACAUAUCGAUGUAGUGGGGCACUCCUCUUGUACUGGGGCUAUGUCCUAGUAUUCAGGUUAAAUGCCUAAAUAGGACCUUAUCAGGUCAGAUCUUCUAGUUCAGGAAUAUCUUGACUUGUAGCCAAUGUACGUCCCUGGUAGAGUAUGUAUACCGGUGUUCAAAAACAUCUACAUUACAGACAGGCUAUCAGAAGGUCUUGAUCCAGUUACUAUGAUGUAACAUCUAAGGCUUACGAUGUCCCAACAUUGCAAGUAGAAAGUUGUAAUUUCAGCUCAACAGUUCGAGACAAUCUGCUUGGUUUUGGGCAAUCCAUUUUGAAAAGAUGUAGGGCUAUUAUUGUGUUCCCAAAGUUACCUGUACAUUCUCUUGUAAUUCAGUGUAUAAGGUACAUUAGGUGGACGGCUAACUUUGUACAAAUUGUUAGUCUGGUUGUGUAACUGAAAUCGAGGGAAAUUGAUAGACGACAGCUUUGAUUGACAUGCGUGUAUAUGAAAUAUUGCAUUGUAUUUGCAUUAUUUAGGAAAAUCCCAACUUGCUCAUCUUGUCAUUGUCAUGCAUAUAUAUAAAGUAUAUUCUGACCUGUGUACUCUUCUGUUGGUGUGUUUCUUACUGCUAAACACAGAGUCUUCGAGUCAGUCUCUGGGUGUCUCCUUCAGAUCUGUUGUUUAAUAACAGGGCUGCAUGUGCUAGAGAGAGUGUGCUGCUUGUUUGUGUCAGAUUUUCGUCUGUUUGUACAGGGAAAACGAUUCUAUUUUUUCUCAGCCCCCAACAUACAUGUACACUGAUGCCCAGAGAGUACCAUUUAACAAUAAUGUGCUCCUAGUGUUAAUAAUGUUGCUUCCCACCUUCCCCAUCAUCACACAUGGGAGCAUUUUGAACAAAAAUUAAGAUUUGUCUUAAUCAGGAUUCUGAUUGGUUUAUUGUUAACAGUACGGAACCCACAAAAUGAUCAUAACUACAGCUUUUUUUAGUCCCGCACUUCAGUGUCGACUUGUUUCAGUCAUUACACUACGGUCAGCAUCUGGGGCCUGUUUCACAAUGUGGUAUUGGUGCCACAACUGUAAGUCCAUUUUGUAAGCUUGUGACUUGUUUCAACUUUUUGUUGAAACUGGUCUCCGUUCAUUUCUGUGAGUCUUCACAUUAUUAUCAGUUCUACAGUGUGAUCCAAAAAUGUCUUCAGUUCAUCGCAUACUUAGAAGUGUCUGUCUGUUCUAUCCUCAUGUUCAUAAACAUUGACAUCAUCCUAACCUUAUUUGACAAUCAUAAUCAUAACCAUAAUCAUAAGAGUCAGCUACAGUGGCUCAGUCAGUAGUAUUCAUCACAUCAUUAGGCAAAUCAUAGAGGUUCAGCUUGUCAGAAAUUAAAGAUGUACACAUUUUUUUGCAAUUUGAACAAAUGCAUGUGUUUUGCAGAGUACACCAUUUCUGUGUCAUUAGUAAAUAGCAUAUGAGACAUUCUGAGAAAUGCAUAAUCAGGUACCGGUAUGAAGUUUCUCAGGCUGUUUGAACAUAAGGAUUGAGUGUUUAUUGGUCAGUUUAAUAUGAAUGUGUAGACAGGUUUGUGUUCGACAACAACUGUCUGGUGAAACUGUCAGUGGUCGUUGUCCAUUUCACCAUGUUCAUUGCUUUAUUUACAAAUGGCAUUUAUCAUCUGUUAUGGCAGAAUGUGCAGGGAAACAUGUCAAUACUCAGUCCUUAUCCUUUCAGGCUUGAUUUGUUUAUUUAUAAUGAUUAUCUAUAAUUUGGCAAUUCAUUCCUCAAGUAACUCUGAAUCCAAAUAAAUAAAAAAUAUAUAAGUGUAUAUAUAAAUAUAUACAGUGUAUUGACCAAUUCAGUCUUUGUACCAAGACGCUGUUGAUAUUGUGAUGUUCUUUGUAUCUACUAGGGAGUGGUCAUUUAAUAUUAAUACAAAUAUACUUGCCAUGGAGACAUGGCAUUUGCUUAAACAGGGUGUUUCAUGUUGAAUUUAGACACCAUCUUAUCAGCAUUACUAGACCUGGCAUAUUUCACGACAGUAAUGCUAACACUGCAUUUCAUUAACAGUUAACACACAUUUUAACAAGAGUCAAGUUAUUUUAAGGUUUUGUGAUGUUUGGAUGUAUUGAAUAUGACUUACUCGUGAUGUAUGGGUACAGGUACACUAUUGUAUUCACUGACAGAAACUGUCAGUUCUUGUAUGGGUGUGGCUAUGUGUUAUGCUUCUUUUCCUAAUAUUGGAAAGUAGAGUUAUCUUCCCUUGCACCAGAUGACCAAAUAUGGGCAGGCUGUCUAUUACGUGGUGCUGUUUGUAAAGUGCCGUGGUGACACAACUUGGACACUAAUCCCUUCUGCACAAACGGGUUGUGUAGGGCAAAGGAUGCAACCAUCUUGUGUUUCAUUAAGCAAAUAGGUGUUAUGGUAUUUAAUCCUCCACUGUAUAAUGUAAGGUUUUUGUAACAAAUUCAUUUGGUUUGGCUUGCUCUCAUCUUGGCUAACAUUUUCGGGAUAUUUGUCUGCCUUAUCACAAGAAAUCUUGGCUGCAGUUGUAUCAGUGUAUCAAUUGUUUGCAAGCAUAACUGAGCUGUGUCGUCAUUGUAGAUGGGGAGUAGAAUAUGACCAGCCCUGAGUGGAUGUCUAUGCAAGGGGAGGUAACUCUGGUAUUAAACCAAGUGUGACGAGCAAUGUACGUGUUUGCUGCUGAGUGUGUGAGAUGUCACGUGUCUAAUGACACAAUUGUUUGCUGCAUAUUUUGUGCUCUGGUCAGAAGCCACUUUAAACCCUGUAUAGCCGCCCAUGAUCUUGGCCCUGCAUUUCAUAGCUAAGGACCUUCUUGGAAUCACAUGCCCAAAAGAAGUCAGUGGACACACUGAUUCCAUUCUGCCUUUGCGUCAGUGUCCCACCAAUGUUGAACCGGUCGGAGGCAAACAGGGUACGAUGUUUGUAGUGGUAAAUGUGCUAGCAUGGCUUCCUCUGUGACUUUCCAUUUGUUGAUAGUUACAAAGCAGUUUUGAUGUUAUUGAAGUGCUCUAAAGUCUGCUAUUUUGUACAAGCUUUUACCUGUUCUAUACAGUUAGCUGAGAACCAUUUAUCCUGGCUGGCUGUUGUGUAUAUAUGUACAGUUUAGUGUUGGUGCAAGCCUUGCAGUCUUCCUGGCUCACACACAUGCAGGGAUGCCUUUCCUAAGGAAUUGCUUCCAUUCUUUCCAAGAAGAUCUGCCUGUCACUUUUUAGCCUUUUCUCCCCCCAAAAUAACAAGGACAUUUUGACCAUAUAUUAUCUUCGUCCUCACUCCAGCAGAGACUUUGUCUAAGGUAGAGGACAGCAUCCCUUUACACACGCGCACUAAAAACUUUGCUAACCAAACUGGCUGUGCAUUGCAUCUGGUACAUGGCAGAAAAUAUGUAGUGUGUAUUUUAGUCUGAUUUUUCUAUUUAGUAAGUUAGGCAGGAGGAAAUGUCAUGUUAAUAAAUAUCUAAUUUUAGGGAUGAAAAUAUGUAAAACAAUUAAUCAAUUUGAUUUGGCCUAAUCAUGAAUUAAAAGGAAUUUAAGCAUCUGAUUUCAGUGGUCAGUGUGAUGUCGAAAGUUUAUCUAGUUCCACCCUAAGGUCUGUGUAGACCAGUAAAGUGUCUUCUGUACCUUGCAAUGUCCCAAGAAGUAGAAGUGUGAGUGGAAGUUUGCCGUCUGGCUGCUGAGAAUGACUUGGAUGUGCAAAGCAGAAUCUUUGUCUCCUCUAUCUCAUACCUGUUGAUCUUCUCUGUCUGUCACACACACACAUUAGUUUGUGUAAAUCUGUAAUUGUGUAAAUCUGUAAUAAUGCCACAUAAAUACAAUAAACAACUUCUACAAUUA